AUGGAGCCAAGCUCUGAACCAACGGAACCAAUUCCAGUGCCAGAAAAAGCACCAGACGACAACUUUCAGAAGAUCAUGGAGAUGGUCGUAAGUCGAAAUUUAUGUCAAAAUAAACUUUAAACUGCUAUUUAGUGUCAGCAGAUUGUUUAGAAACGGGAAAGUUGCAUUAAAAUAUCGAAAACCGCGACAAACUAGUGAAUAAAGGUCGAAAUUCGUUGAAAAUUUUUUAGAAAUUUUGAGAAAAUGCGUCAUUAGAAAGUUGAAACACUUUUAUAUACAUUUUUAAAAAUUAUUUUUUUCUGGAAGUCUAUUUAUGUAAUUUUGAGGGUAUAUAAGAGUAAAAUUGCUUUAAGAUCCUAAAGUUUGUAUUACUCUUAUACCUACAUCAAUAUUUUCAGGCUUCUUGCGAGAAAACGGAAACUUCAGAAACACCGGUUGAACAGAAGCCACAUCCACAGAUUCAAAUGAUCACACGAUCUCGUAAUGGCAUUCAAAGUCCAACCGAAAAGUCUCUUCAUUAUCUUGUAGAGUCGGCUCUCAUGAAUGAUUCUCAAGGAUCAGAUGAGGGUCUUUUGAGUGACGAUGAAGAAACGCCUAAAGUCAAAGAAUUGAGAAAAGAAUUGGGUUUAGUUGAAGAAGAGCUAGGAGUGUUAGUUAAACGGGUAGAACGAGAUGAAUAUGUGGAGAAGAGGAUCAAGGAGCUGGUCGAGAGGAAGAAGUGGGUCGAUAUGAGGAUCACCAAGCUAAUUGUGAGUUUCUGACUGCUGUUUGAGGUUUUUUAAUAUUAGAAUGGAUGUAUUUGAUUUAAAUUAGAGUAUCUAACGUUAUUAUAGUCGAUUUAUCAAGAAUUUGUUAAGAAUUCACCUGUUUUCUUUGAUCGUUUACCAAAAUUUCAUCAAUAUUUUCCAAAACAAUCAAAUCAAUAGUUGUGUUUCGUAUUAAUUUGUCGAAAUUUGCAGAAAGAUCGACGAAAUCAAGCAGAAUACCGGAAGAGGAAACGAGCACGAACUCCGAAAGUUAGACCUCGAGGACGUCCACGAUUGGAAGAGAAGUAUCCACAGCUGCUGGCAGCUUUGAUGGACUGUGUCGACAACAACGAGACCAGUUCAGUGCCCAAAAUUAAGGAAGAGUUGUCGCGACGACACGAUAUUGACAUCAAGAAGUCGACUCUGUACACUCGGAUCAGUACAACGUAAGAUUUUUGAUUUUAUCUUGGAAUUUUUGUUGUUUUUUGACGAAAAUGAAGGAAUAUUUGGAGGUAUAGGGGGAGUUUGAUGUAAUUUUGAAGUUCUUGUUGCCAAAACGAAUUUUUAUGCUUUCUGUUGUGUUAUCUAAAUUCUGUUUAGGUUUGGUAGUUUUAAUCUGAGUUUUUGGCAACCAGAAAUUUAAUUAUGUUACGUAUAUUUUCACACUACUUUCUAUCUUCUUUUAGGCCGAACAAGACCAAAGAAAUCAACGAGCAUUUCAUGUCGCCGCUACCUCAAACCAGCUCCAAACGCACUCCAGUGCCUUCGUCGGCGAGUUCAACGACCAGUCGAAAAGAACCCACGGUCAAAGAGUAUUUGUCUCAACCACCACAACAGCGACAACCAUCUGGGGAGAAUGUUUCGGCGAAUGAAAUGAUUGACCUCUUCAGAGGUUUGAGCCAAUUGGCGGCUUUCCAGGUUCCCGAUGAGCAGGUAAUCAGCUUAUAUUGGUUUUUAAGGAAGUAUGGAGGUUAAAAGAUUUUAGUUUCUUUUGGACUAUAUUAGUGUAGUAUAUAGACAUUUUUAUAUUAUUUAAGAACAUAAUGUAAUUGUUAACUGGUUUUAUAUAAAAUCCUUUCAGAUUCAAUACUGUUUCGACAUUCUUCGACCGUUUUUCACUAAAAACGACCCAGCCAGUUUGCCAAUCCUUGGCCAGCUAGCCGAGAAUGCUCAAAAGAUCUUCAACGCCAACAUCCACAGGACGCGCCAAGUGUUUGACACCAGUGACAGUAAUCAGAUCAUCAUCGUCAGCGACGAACAAAACCAAUGGGCAGAUCAUGACGGUAAUAUUUAG